AUGGACACCCUUCACGCAAGAGCCGACUGGGAGCGCGUAGGGGACAAGUGGUUCCGCAAGACAGAGCAGUAUACCGCCGUCUUUGACCAGGGCCUGGAUCUCGAUGGCUACAUCGUCACGGGCGCUCCCUAUGCCGGCGCUCUGGCCCUGUGGCGGGACGACACCAAGCUGCAGGCUCACAAGACAGGCCAGUCGACGAAGCCGGCCAUCGAGAUCUACAGCUUGGCGGGCAAGAAGCUGCGCAACAUUGCCUGGGACAGCGGCGCCAUCAAGGGGCUGGGCUGGUCGGAGGAGGAGGCGCUGCUUGUUGUUGCGGCAGAUGGCAAUGUGAGAUGUUAUGAUAUGCAGGGGGAUUUCAGCCACUUUUCGCUGGGGAACGGGGCGGAUAACUACGGAGUUGAGUCUUGCCGGUUUUACGACAACGGCCUGGUUGCUUUGCUGGGGAACAACACUUUGGUGACAGUCUCAUCAUAUACAGAGCCGCGGCCAAAGCUGCUUGCGCCGGCGCCGGCGGGUGAGAUUCACUCAUGGGGCAUCAUCGCGCCAAAUCACACGCUGUCUCGCUCCGUGGAGGUGCUGCUCAGUAUUGGAUCGACUGUUUACGUUGUCGACGCCACAGACUGCGAGGACAGAUUCCUGGAUGUUGGACCCUUUUCACACAUUAGCGUUUCGCCAAACGGUGGCUUUGUCAAUCUCUAUGGGAAGAACGGCAAGGCGCAUGUCAUUUCGAGCGAUUUCCAGGAGAGGCUAUUCGAACACAACUCCAAUUCAAACACACCGCCCAAGUAUGUGGAGUGGUGUGGUAGCGAUGCUAUCAUUGCUUGGGAAGACGAGGUUCAUGUGAUUGGACCGGGAGAUGAGUCUUCAUCUUAUAUCUAUGACAGCACUCGAGUGCAUGUCGUAUCUGAGCACGAUGGCGCUAGAUUAAUAACAAAUGACUUUUGCGAGUUCUUAGAAAGGGUGCCUGAUGAUACACUUCAAGCAUUUGGCGCCGCCUCAGAAUCAUCCCCUGCAUCCAUCUUGCUUGAUGCUGUCAAGCAGCUUGAGCUGCAAUCUCCCAAAGCAGAUGACUACAUCCAGCUUAUUCGGCCAAAUCUAACUGAAGCUGUCGACACGUGCGUUAAUGCCGCUGGUCGCGAGUUUGAUCCGCAGUGGCAGAAGAGACUGCUCAAAGCUGCGUCAUUUGGCAAGUCGGUGCUAGAUAUCUACAACAGCGAUGAGUUUGUCGACAUGUGCGAGACAUUACGGGUUCUCAACGCUGUGCGCGGUUUUGAAAUUGGAAUGCCCCUGUCUUUUCAACAAUAUCAUAGGCUGACGCCUGAGCGGCUCAUCCAACGGCUAAUCCAGCGGCACGAAUACUUGCUGGCGCUAAAGAUUGCUGGCUAUCUCAAGCUUCCGACGGACCGCAUCUACGUUAGCUGGGCAUCUACAAAGGUCCGGCUUGGCGCCCAAGACGACGAUACCAUCUGUCGACUGGUCGUGGAGAGACUUUCGGGGAAGCCGGGCAUUUCUUUCGAAGAGAUUGCAAGGGCCGCACAUCACGAGGGCCGAACCCGACUAGCUACUGAGCUGCUGAACCACGAACCUCGUGGUGGGAGACAAGUUCCUCUUCUCCUAGAUAUGGAAGAGGACGACCUAGCCUUGGACAAAGCCAUUGAGAGCGGUGAUACUGACCUCAUUCUUUUUGUCCUCUCAAAGCUGAAGAAGAAGCUACCACUAGCCUCAUUCUUCCGAGUAAUCAACGUUCGACCCACUGCAACGGCACUGGUAGAAUCUGCCGCCCAGUUGGAAGGAGACAAUACCCUUCUGAAAGACAUGUACUACCAGGAUGACAGGCGGGUCGAUGGCGCCAACGUUUUCAUCCGAGAAUCACUCCGACAGCCGGAUGCGCGCACGGCAUCCGAUAAGCUGGCGCUGGCAGCCAAGCUUCUGUCCGAAUCGAAAGAUAAUGCGGCAGAGGUGUAUGUGCUCAAGGAGACGACGCAGCUCCUUCGGGCGCAGGAGGCGCUAGACCGCGAUUUGACAGACUCCUUCUCGGGACUUAGCGUCAACGAGACGAUAUUCAAGCUGAUCCGGCUCGGGUACCACGGGAAGGCAAAGAAGAUCCAGAGCGAUUUUAAGGUGCCGGAGAAGGUUGCGUGGUGGAUCAGGCUUCGGGCACUUGUCGCAAAACGAGAGUGGGGUGAGAUUGAAGAUAUUGCAAAGGCGAAGAAGAGUCCUAUCGGAUGGGCGCCUUUUUUCAACCUCACGCUACAGGCGGGUAAUCCGCGCCUGGCGGCCGUGUUUGUGCCCAAGUGCACGGGUCUGGAGCCGGGCGAGACGAUCACCAUGUAUGAGAAGUGCGGGCUGCGGGUCAAGGCAGCGGAGGAGGCUGUCAAGCUGAGGGAUGCGGCGGCGUAUGAGAGGUUGUUGGAGGCGGCGGGGGGGAGGGAUACGACUGAGGGGAAGGAGAUUGAGAGGGUUGGCGGGUCGACGUUUAAGAAGUAA